CUUCAAACUACAAAGCACAAGAUCAAAUGCAAAUACCACUUUCUUUAUUUACUUUCUUUCCAAAAUUUAAGCAAUGAACAAAUCAAGAAGAUGCUUCACAUCGUUGUUUAUCCUCCUCCUCUCGCAUCGAAUCGUGCCGGUGAUCGGCCAAAGCGAGCAGCAGAAGACGGCCACUAACGAAGACAAACCGUCUCCCUUCCAGUUCGUAUUGAACACCAUGUCUUUGUUGAAGAAAGCACAUAAAAAUUCCGUCGAGAGAAUCAAAACCACCGUCCAUGAUUUCCGGUUGCAGUUUACUUCACCCAAGCCAGGCGAAGAAACAGCAAUGAAAAACGUCGAAUCUAAGAAAGGAAGUGUCGAAGAAACUACGAAACCUGCAGCAGAAACUGAGCCAAGGACAGCACAACCUGCAGCAGAAACCGAGCAGAAGACGGCGGAGAAGGUUGAAGAGGCUUCCUCGGAUAAAAAAGAAUCUCGUGAUGAGCUUUGAACAAAACCCAUAAAUCGUAUCAGUAGAGCUAUUUAUUUGCUUCAUGUUUGUACGUCGGCUUU